AUGCAAGGCUUCAACAAGUACUACCCGCCCGACUAUGAUUCGAGGGAGACGUCGACGCUCAACAGUUAUCGCGGCGUUCACGCGCUCGGAGUGAGGGCAAAGCAUAUCGAUAAAGGGAUCUUGGUCGUCAGAUUCGAACUCCCUUUCAACAUCUGGUGUGGCCAUUGCAACUCCCACCUCGGAGCAGGCGUCCGGUACAAUGCUCAGAAACGAAAAGUCGGCGAAUACUAUUCCACGGCCAUCUACGCCUUUCGGUGUAAAUGUCAUCUCUGUUCCGGCUGGUUCGAGAUCCGUACGGACCCCAAGAACGCCAGGUAUGUCGUCGAAGAAGGAGCACGGGCUCAAGAGCAAGAUUGGGACCCGGAGGAGAACGGCGGAUAUCGAGCGCACGACACGGAAGGACCAUCCGCCGCCGAACCCCCUGCAGACGCCUUCCAAGCCCUAGAGAAAUCCACUACCCAAGCCACCCAAGCUCAAUCGAAAUCCGACAGGAUCGAAGCGUUGGCGAAACUGUCUUACCGCCAAACCUCUGAUCCGUAUACCAUGUCCCAGCAUUUACGACAACGGCUACGAGAGGAGAAACGCGUUGAACGGGAUAGGUUACGGGUGGAUGAGGAUGUUAAGAGCAAGUACGGCUUGGGAUUGGGGUUGGAGGGGAAGGGGUUGGUCAGGCUCGAACCGGGGGAGGCGGACGAGGAAUAUGAACGGGCGAGAGCGAGAAGGUCGACUCUGGCUGCUUCUUCUGCUGUUGUGUCGAGCGGGAAAAGGGUGGGGGACUUGUCGACGACGUUGAGGAGGAAUACGGUGGAGAGGUACAACCCGUUCGAUUUGGCACCAGCAUCAGCAUCAGCAUCAGCAUCAGCGUCGAGCGAGAUCAACCGGGUUGGGAGAGGAAAAGCCGCGAUCAUCAAGAUUUCGGGAUCCAAGGUUGUGCCGAAAUCGACAACGAAAACGAAAACCAACCCGACAAGCAGCAUCACGGCCCUAGGAGGGCUGGCGGGGUAUGGGAGUGACGAGGAUGAAGAGGAGGAUAACCCAUAA